CUGAAAACUCGUUCCAGAGUGUUCUGUGUUUGUUGAGAUUGUAUUUUCCGUUCUCUCUCUCUAAUCUCACCCUCUUUUCUCAUCUUCCUGUUCAUAUUCCCUGAGAAAAUGUCUUGCUGCGGAGGAAACUGUGGCUGUGGCUCUGGCUGCAAGUGCGGCUCUGGCUGUGGAGGAUGCAAAAUGUACCCGGACUUCAGCUUCUCCGGGGAGAGGGCAACUACUGAGACCAUCGUUGUUGGGGUUGCACCUCAAAAGGCAUACUUCGAAGGGUCCGAGAUGAGCUUUGGAGCUGAGAACGAAGGCUGCAAGUGCGGAUCCAACUGCACCUGUAACCCUUGCAACUGCAAAUGAGAGGAGGGCGAAAGAAGGGUUAUAUCUAUGAAUAACGUUGUCAGAUAGUAUGUGUGCGAGUGGGAGUAGGAGUGGGUCUCGUCUCGUUGUCGUAGGGAGUCUGAUGAAGAUUUCACAAAUAAAGUAGCCAUUACUGCUGCAAAUCCUGACUUGGGUUUGUCUAGUGGCUACUUGCUAGUGUGUCAUCUCCUCUGUUUAGUCAGAAAAUCACAAAAAAAAAAAAGAGUGACUCAGUCACUCAGCUCUAUUAUGUAUGAAUAUGGAAUAUGAAAGGAAGGGCUUUGUUAACUUAUAAAUUACGAUGAAUGAAUGAUGAAUACUUUCUGCUAA